GUUCUGGCAGGCUGCCGGCGGUCGGGCUGGCAGCAGCGCCGCCCAGCGGCGCGGCGCCUUCCGCAGGUGCGCCGGUGACCGCGUCCACAGACCAGCGGCUCUCGGCAGUCAUCAAGAAUGUGGUGGACUUGAUGCAGGUGUUCGAGAGCCUCAAACCGCAGCUGAGCCGGCUGCCUUCUCAGGUUUUCAACCACGUGGCGCAGGUAGGAGGCCAGUUGGACCUACGGUUCCGCUCGCUCCAGCAGAAGGGCAUGACGAUCGCCGGCGACGGCACGAAAGCCAUGCUGGAGGAGGACGCAAGCUCCUACGCGGCCGACAUGGAAGCCUUCCACAAGGAGCAGUCGGAGUUCGUAGAAGGUACCCAGAAGGCCCUGCAGACGGGCGUCUUCCCUGGCGCUGGUGCGGCCGCGGCAGGGCUCGGAGCCAUGGCGGGAGGCCUCGCAGGCUCCGCGGGGGCCUGGGUGGAGAAGCUGGAGCGCCUGCUGCUGCGCGGGUCCGGGCUCGCCGAGAGCUCUGAGACGUGGAGGUUGCCAGAGGCAGCCCGCUGCCCACCUUUGCGGGCGGCGCUGGUCCGGGUGCAGGCCUUGCUGGCAGCGGCGGCCUCGGCGGCGGCGGCCUCGGCGGCGGCGGCCUCGGCGGCGGCGGCCUCGGCGGCGGUGGACUCGGCGGCGCGGGCCUCGGCGGCGGCGGCGGCGGGCUCGGAGGCGGCGGCCUCGGCGGUGCGAGGCUUGGCGGCGGCGGCGGGCUUGGCGGUGGCGGGCUCGGCGGCGGCAGUGGGCUCGGUAGUGGCGCCCUCUGCAGUGGCGGCCUCGGCGGCGGGGGGCUCCGGAGCGGUGGCAUUGGCGGCGGCGGGCUCGGAGGUGAGGGGCUCGGCGCCGGCCCUGGUGCCGCGGGGCUUGGUGGGGCUGGCCUCGGUGGCGGCGGGCUCGGCGCUCGGGCGGGCGUUGCCGGCAGUUUCGGUCACAGGUCGGGACUAG